AGUCACGCACAGAGCACAGAGUAUUACUAGGUUACAAGAAAAAGAAUCGACGCACAGAGCACGAGCUGCAUCCGCCACCCGCGAUGCUCCCUUACGCAACGGCGUCCGACGCGGAGGCGGCCCUGAGGCGCGCCAUGACGCGCGCCGAGGCAGCGUGGUUCGGGUACACGGCGGCGAAGGCUGACUACUACCUUUACUACCACACUGUCGCCGUCCUCCUUGCCGUCUACACCCUGCUGCCGCUCAUGCUCGCGCUUCUCGAGCUCGGCGCGCCGGCCCUCGCCAUGCGGUACAAGCUGCAGCCGCGUGGGAAGCGGCUGUCGCCGGCCGGCUUCCUCCGCUGCUACACAGACACACCGCGCUUCUUGCUCCCCCUCGCCGCCCCUGUCCAGCUGCUAUCCUAUCCUGCCGUGAAGAUGUUGGGGAUCCGGAUGGGGCUGCCGCUGCCGUCGGCGGGAGAGAUGGCGGCGCAGCUGCUCAUGUACCUGCUUGUGGAGGACUAUCUCAGCUACUGGGUCCACCGGCUAAUGCACACCAAGUGGUGCUACGACAACAUCCACCACGUCCACCAUGAGUACACUGCACCCAACGGCUUCGUCGCGCCAUACAUGCACUGGACCGAGGUGCUCAUCCUCACCGUCCCCACCGUCGUCGGCCCGGUCAUCGCGCCUUGCCACAUGAUCACCUUCGGCAUCUGGUUUGUGAUAGUGGCUAUUUCGGCCAUCGAGACCCACUGCGGGUACAACUUCCCGUUCAACCCGACAAAGCUUAUCCCGCUCUGGGGAGGAGCAGAGUUCCACGACUACCAUCACUACUUAGGAGGGAACUGCCAGAGCAACUUUGCAACUGUCUUCACGUAUUGUGAUUAUCUGUACGGGACAGAUAAUGCCUUCAGACGCCACAAGGCAGGCCAAGCAAAGCUGAAGAUGGUGGCAGAAAAGAAUGUCGAGAAAUGAAGGAGAAAAUUGAGGGGAAGAAGACUAAGCAUUACAUACGUUCAGAUGAUAUGCUCCGUGAUACUGUGCCCUGCCCGUGAUAUGUAUGAUAUUCAUAUACAGUCCGUCAGCAAUUAGAACACGGGCAUAUCUAUGUUAUCUUCGAACAUCGAUCAUUUACUUACCGUUUAGCAUUUGUACUUGCCUGUUGUAAUGACAGACAUUUAAAAUGAUUUGGUUAAGCUCAACGUAAUAUAUUCUUUGUAUGACGAUACA